ACAUACAAAAAAACUGAGCGUGAUUAACCACGUCUGUGGCCUAAGCAGAAGUGGUGGGUAUGUAUGUGUGCAAUACACACAACAAGUGAAGAGUGUCUUCUUUUAGCUACUGUAUGUGUAUAUCUGAUUGUAUUAGUUUCAGUUGAAAUACACUGCUUCGUUUAACCUAGUCAAUGCAAACUAGUCAAUCAAAGCAGUACUAGCCUAGAGCAGAUUGCAGGUCCAGUGUGGUUUGUGUAGUGCUCUUUGGAAAACAGAGUGCACAACGGGUUUCACUAUCAAUCAGAGGAAUACAUAUUGGCACGACAUAGGCUAUUUACUGUAGGUUAAAGUCUGUUUUACCAAACAAGGACUCAAAGCCACGAGGUUCGGCUCCAGUUGAGAGGAGACAAUUAUCCCAAGCGAUUUCGAAUGGUCCCACCUGAUCUUGCUGCCUCAUGCCAGCCUUUCAUCUUUGAGGACAUCUUGACAAUAUAAUAAUCCAUCUUUGACUUGGCCCAAACGAGUAAAAUGGUACUGUGUGACAGCAAAGUGUGCUAUAUACAGUGGAUUGUCUAUGUCCCCACGUUCAUGGUGGGUCUUCCCCUCAACCUGGCCGCUCUGUGGCUCCUCCUCUUCAGGAUGCGUCGAUGGACUGAAUCCACGGUGUACCUCAGCAGUCUGAUCAUCAACGACAGCCUUCUCAUCUUCUCUCUGCCCUUCAAGAUGUACGCCUACGAACACAACUGGGGCCUGAGCAUGGGAUUCUGCACCUUCCUGGAGAGCCUGGUGUUCGUCAACAUCUAUGGGAGCAUCAUACUGAUCGUGUGCAUCUCUGGCGACCGCUAUGUUUAUUUGCGAUUUCCAAUCAAUGGCAAGCGUCUGCACUCGCCACGGAAGGCUGCCCUGGUAUGCCUGGCCGUGUGGGUGAUGGUAUUCGCUUUCACCACACCCGUCUAUGAGCUCCACAACAAAAACAACAACGACACCAGAAUGCACAAAGGCAACGAAAGCAAGUGUUUCCAGAAGUUCUCCAGCGAAACCUGGAAGAAGAAAUGGAUCAUCAUCGCCAUAGAGACAGUGUUCUCAAUCAGCACGGUUGCCAUGGUGUUCUUCUCGGUGCGCGUGAUGCAGAUCCUGAGUGGCAUGCGGCGACUGAACCCGCUGGACGAUAAGCUGAGGAACAACAAGUCUGUGAAAAUCGUCCUGAGCAACCUGGUGGCCUUCCUGCUGUGCUUCAUCCCCUACCACGUGGCCGCAGUCGUCUACUUCCUGGCCAAGAACCGCACGGAGGACCCGAACGUCAUCAACCCCCUCAGAGACUUCGUCCAUAUCAGCAUGUGUCUGGGCAGCAUCAACUGUCUGACGGACGGGGUCUGCUACUACUUCAUCCUGAAGGAGAACCUGCUGACUGCCAGCAAGGAGAGGAGGAGGAUGUCCACGAGAGGAAACGCAGUGGCGAGGCUCAGGGAAAUCAACCAGCAUCCAAUGGACAACAUCAAGGUCAAGGAACCUGGAGAGACAGGAUCAGACACCCAGGUCAAUGGAGAUCAAUUGGACUUGCUAGAUAGAUGUGGCUUAUCCCCUCUUGGUGCCUGCAGAGUGGAGAGCAGGGUGGAGACAUUUCCCCUGUAGAUGGAUGGCUAUCACCUCUAUCUGGGAAAUGGAAAACUCAGAUCCCCACAGCAGACAGAGGAGACAAGUUGCUCAAAGAUUGAAUGAAUGGCCAGCACUUGGAAUAAAUGUUUUUAAAUCAAUCAUACAGCCUUCCAUUGUAUUCUCACUCAUCACACGUGGCCUUUGGUCCUAGUCUUACCUCUUACCUUUAGGAGGCUGAGAUUCAAAGAGGUUCCACAGAAUAACUCAGAGGGCAUAUCUAACACUAACUGAUCUGAUCAACAAAAGGCAUGGGAUUUACAACCCUGAGUCUUGUAAUUUAUUCAUACUGAAUAGAAGCUUCUACAUAAUUAUACACUGUUCAGAUAUGGACUGUUUAGAUGCAAUCCACCCACUCUCAAUCUAGACAGUAAAGAUGUGUACAUCCAGACCAUUUCAAAUAUAAAAUGGUAUUUACAUUUUUUAGACAGUUGCUCUUGAUCAACACGUUUGUUUAUAACUAUUCACUACGAAUAACUCACUUUUCAUAAAAAAAUGAUCAGACUGUCUGUAUAGGUCAGAGAUCGGAGAUUCUUCAUGUUGAUAGUUUGUUACUCAGACAUGAUUCAUGUUGUCAAGAGUCUUCAACAUUAUCAGCAGAGAGGAUGGGAGGACCUUCCUGAGAAGAAAUGUGUUUCAACACUUUCAUUCCGGAAGUUAAGAACAGCUCAACCUCUAUGCAGACUGCUCUGACAGGAAGUGGCAACCAGAAUAUUGAGUGAGUGGUUUGGGAGUGGUUUCUGGCUCUUUUCAAAUGACACACACAGACACCAUGAACAACAACAAUGAUAGUUUAGGAGCACUCUCCUCUGAGGGGAGUUAUUAUGUGACAGCCUCUGCCAUUGCGUGGUGGUGCUGGGCCUGCCGCUCAAUGCCGUGUCACUGUGGGUUCUGCUCUGCCGCCAUGGCUUCAAAUCCUCCAGCGCUGUCUCCAUGAGCCACCUGGCUCUGUCCGACCUGCUGCUGGUCCUGUCCCUGCCCACCCGGGUCUACUUCUACGUCACGGGCACCUGGCCCCUGGGCAUCCAGGCCUGUACAGCCACCACCAUGCUGUUCCACAACAACAUCCGCUCCAGCGCCGUCUUCAUCACCUUCAUUGGCCUGGACCGGCUGUGGUCCACCCUCUGAGGUCCUGCAACCUCCGCACCACCACCAACGCCUGGAAGGCCUGCGUCUUCAUCUGGGUCCUGAUAGUGGCAGUCAUCAUACCAGAGAGCCUCUACCAGAUCAGUCAGAUAAAGAGAUGUGAUGCCACUAACGUCUGUGAUGCCGCCAGGGUCAACAAGAUGAACGUCAUGCUGAUCUUCACCAACCUUCUGAUGUUUGUCUUCUUCCUGCCCUCCAUCGUCGUGACGCUCAAAAUCAGGCAGGCUAUCAUGCCCAUGUUCUGUCUGGCCAGCGUCAACUGUUGUCUAGAUCCACUGUUGUAGUACUUCUCUUUUGAUGCUUUCUGUAAGAAGAGGGUUCUGACAUGGAGGUUUCUCAGGCCAGAUCACAUGAAAGUAGAUGAAGGGUGAGAACACAGUGAGUGAGAAACCACUACCAGUGGAGAUAGUUUGAGGUAACAGCAUCAUAAUGUGUCCCUAAAUAUGCCACAAUUUAUAGUUAAAAUAUAGAAUGAUUUGUCAAAUGACAUGUUAUAUAUAUUUUUUUUUGUGGUAACAGUUCAUCUCGUCUUCUGUAAGAUUAAUUGAGCUCAUCUGUACUUUUAAGAUGUGCCAAUACAAUUGUUAUAUAGAAUAAACAUUUUACCUCUUAUCUUCGUGAUUUUGAUGGUUAAUGAGACUGAAGUCAUUGACAUUUACUGUAUAUAGGUUUUGUACAGCAACCACACUGUCAUUUCCCCCGAAAGUACUAAUAAUUACUAAGGCUUUCAUUCACAUGCGGAGCCGGGUGCCCAACAGUUCCCUUUGUUGAUUGGUUCGACCAUCAGAUAGUCAUGUGACUUUGUUGAUAAUUCAUGAAGUUUCCGGCUGAGGAGCCAGGCAGGCAGCAGCAGCCAUCCACCAGCUCUGUGGCUCAGAGCACUGCCAUAUGGAGGGACAUCUGUGCACAGGCUAUAUGGCAGACAGACAGGACAUAAAAAGUCACUAUGGAGUCUAGUAUAGGAAAGCCAGUGUAAAGGUGCCAUUCAAAUAAAUUCAUCCAAUGAG